ACAACGACUGUGGGGACAACAGUGAGGAGGCAGGCUGCAGCCAUUCCUGCUCCAGCGCCCAGUUCAAGUGUAACAGCGGCCGCUGCAUCUCCAACUACUGGACCUGCGACGGGGACAAUGACUGUGGAGACUACAGUGACGAGACCCACGCCAACUGCACCAAUCAGGCCACGCGUCCUCCUGACGGCUGUCACAUGGAUGAGUUCCAGUGUCGUAUGGACGGUCUGUGUAUCCCCAUGCGUUGGCGCUGCGACGGGGACACAGACUGCAUGGACCUGAGCGAUGAGAAGAACUGCGAAGGCGUCACACACACGUGUGACCCCGCCGUCAAGUUUGGUUGCAGGGACUCUGCCCGCUGUAUCAGUAAGGCCUGGGUGUGCGACGGGGACCGUGAUUGUGAGGACAACUCUGAUGAAGACAACUGUGAGGCGUUGGUGUGUAAGCUCUCUCACCAUGUGUGUGCCAAUGACUCCACCAUCUGUCUGCCCGCUGAGAAGCUGUGUGACGGCACUGACGACUGCCCCGACGGCUCUGACGAGAAACUCUGUGACCUGUGCUCGCUGGAUAACGGGGACUGCAGCCAUAACUGUACGGUAGCCCCUGGGGAGGGUGUGGUGUGUUCCUGCCCCCUGGGCAUGGAGCUGGACCCCAACAACAAGACCUGUCAGAUCCAGAGCUUCUGCGCCAAACACCUGAAGUGCAGCCAGCGCUGUGAACAAGACAAGUUCCGUGUCAAGUGUUCCUGCUACGAGGGCUGGGAAUUGGAGCCUGACCAGGAGAACUGCAAGAGCACUGAUCCCUUCAAGCCCUUCAUCAUCUUCUCCAACCGCCAUGAGAUCCGUCGGAUUGACCUGAACAAGGGGGAGUUCAGUGUACUGGUGCCUGGCCUGAGGAACACCAUUGCCCUGGACUUCCACCUGGCAGAGAAUGCACUCUACUGGACCGAUGUGGUAGAGGACAAGAUCUACCGUGGCAAAAUGUCAGAGAACGGAGCUCUGACCAGUUUUGACGUGGUGAUCCAGUAUGGGCUGGCCACUCCAGAGGGUCUUGCGGUGGACUGGAUAGCAGGGAACAUCUACUGGGUGGAGAGUAACCUGGACCAGAUAGAGGUGGCCAAGCUGGACGGAACCAUGAGGACCACUCUGCUGGCUGGGGAGGUGGAGCACCCCCGGGCCAUCGCCCUGGACCCCCGCUAUGGGAUCCUGUUCUGGACUGACUGGGAUGCCAGUAUGCCAAGGAUCGAGGCAGCCUCUAUGAGUGGGGAGGGUAGGAGAACCAUCCAUAAGGAGACCGGCAACGGGGGCUGGCCCAACGGACUCACUGUAGACUACCUAGAACUACGCAUCCUGUGGAUCGAUGCCAGGUCAGAUGCUAUUUACUCAGCCAAAUACGAUGGUUCCGGCCUGAUCGAGGUUCUGAGGGGACACGAAUACCUGUCGCACCCAUUCGCAGUCACUAUGUACGGGGGAGAGGUUUACUGGACGGACUGGAGGACCAACACACUGGCCAAGGCCAAUAAGUGGACCGGCAACAAUGUAACCGUGGUCCAGAGAACCAACACACAACCUUUUGACCUACAAGUCUACCAUCCCUCCAGACAGCCUCAGGCUCCUAACCCAUGUGCAGCUAACGAUGAGAUGCGUCCCUGUUCUCACCUGUGUCUCAUCAACUACAACCAGACCUUCUCAUGUGCCUGCCCUCACCUCAUGAAGCUGGGAGCAGACAAACACACCUGCUAUGAGUCCCGUCAGUUCCUGCUGUAUGCCCGUCAGACAGAGAUCAGGGGAGUGGACAUAGACAACCCCUACUAUAACUACAUCAUCUCCUUCACCGUGCCAGACAUAGACAACGUGACUGUGGUGGACUAUGAUGCGCUGGAGAACCGGAUCUACUGGUCAGACGUCCGAACCCAGACCAUCAAGAGAGCCUUCAUCAACGGCACCGGAGUGGAGACCGUGGUGUCUGCUGACCUGUCCAACGCCCAUGGCCUGGCAGUAGAUUGGGUGUCUAGGAACCUGUUCUGGACCAGUUACGAUGCCAAUAAGAAACAGAUCAAUGUGGCCAGACUGGAUGGAUCCUUUAAGAAUGCUGUUAUCCAGGGUCUGGAUAAACCCCACUGUCUGGUGCUGCACCCUAUACUGGGGCAACUGUACUGGACAGAUGGAGACAACAUCAGCAUGGCCAACACUGACGGCAGCAACCACACUGUCCUCUUCACCAAUCAGAAGGGCCCAGUGGGUCUGUCCAUAGACUUUGACACAGAGCAGCUGUACUGGAUCAGCUCAGGGAACAGUACCAUCAGCCGUUGUAAGCUGGACGGUUCGGGUCUAGAGGUUCUGGAGGGAGUCAAACUGACGAAGGCCACAGCUCUGGCCAUCAUGGGUGAGAAGCUAUGGUGGGCGGACCAGGGGACUGACCAGAUGGGGACCUGUGACAAGAGCGACGGAGGGAACUGGAGGGUCCUGAGAAACAGCACAUCUCCCAUGAUGCACAUGAAGAUCUACAACGAGACUGUGCAGAAAGGCACUAAUCUGUGCAGUAUUAACAAUGGAGACUGUUCCCAGCUGUGCCUGCCCACCUCCCCCACCACACGAGCCUGCAUGUGUACCGCUGGAUACAGCCUCAGGAGUGGACAACAGUCCUGCGAGGGUGUGGGCUCUUUCCUGCUUUACUCUGUUCAUGAGGGCAUCCGUGGCAUCCCCCUGGAUCCCUCGGACAAGUCAGAUGCUUUGGUGCCAAUGUCGGGCACCUCCCUGGCCGUGGGCAUAGACUUCCAUGCAGACAAUGACACUAUCUACUGGGUGGACAUGGGCCUGAGCACCAUCAGCAGAGCUAAGAGAGACCAGACCUGGAGAGAAGACGUGGUCACUAAUGGUAUAGGCAGAGUGGAGGGCAUCACUGUGGACUGGAUCGCUGGGAACAUCUAUUGGACUGACCAGGGCUUCGAUGUGAUUGAGGUGGCCAGACUGAAUGGCUCCUUCCGCUACGUAGUCAUCUCCCAGGGCCUGGACAAGCCCCGUGCCAUCACUGUCCACCCAGAGAAAGGGUAUUUGUUCUGGACCGAGUGGGGUCAGUACCCACGGAUCGAGAGGUCUCGCCUGGACGGGUCUCAGAGAGCUGUUCUGGUCAACGUCAGCAUCAGCUGGCCUAAUGGCAUCUCCAUAGACUACCAGGAGGGUUUUCUGUACUGGUGUGAUGCUCGUACAGACAAUAUAGAGCGUAUCAACCUGGAGACCGGACAGAACAGACAGGUGGUGCUGGCAAACAACAACAUGGACAUGUUCUCUGUCUCCGUGUUUGAAAGCUUCAUCUACUGGAGUGACAG